AGAGCGUGAAAUGCAGUCAGAGACAGAGGGAGGUGGACUCGCAUUUGUCGGCACGAAACAAACUAGCGCACUUUUUCGUUGUUGUCUCCUGCAAGCCGCCAAGACUGCAGGGGAUCAAUGUUCGAUAAGCACUGGCUGCACCGUCGCCGGAACAACAACGUCUGGGCGUCUCACUUCUUUCUUCAUUUUUUUUCUUUUCCUUUUUUCGACGUCCAUGGCGCACAUCACGCAAGGCACCGUUCACGCGGGAUCGAUGGGCUACUAUAGCGACGCAGAGGUCGUCCGCGCCCGUUUGCAAUCAUCCUUCGCAGCGUAUGCAAACACCUAGCUGCCAGCUCGUAGCUUCUCUCGCACAGGGCAGACGCUGCGUAUUAUGUGAUCGCGUCGUCGAACGGAAGUAUUCCCGUGGUCUCGCGUGCCGGUGGUACACUUUACGUGAACUGGGCGCGGAGACGGUUUGGCGCGCUCGCGUUACGACGAGUGGUACGUGACCAAUGAGGCUCGAGACACUCGGUGUGACGUCACCAGCGGGCCCGCGUCGAUACCGAGCCCAGCUUAUUUCUGCGACCGGUGCCGCUCGGGAAUCAAUGGGCGCUGAGAAGCGACGGCUACCAUACGCAGCUGGCGCCGACAGACUCCACUUUGCAUUGGCGUCCCUCGCCGACGGAGCCGAAGUCGCACGAAUCCAAGCCAGCGCCACGCCUCUACGUGGUCAGCCAGUAGCCUACUGACCAUGUAGAGUUCGCCGCAGGGUACUGGACAAGAGGUGAUGCAUCACUUCAGAGAGCGUCUUAAAGAAGAGGAACGGCGCAGGGACGAAGAAAUGCUGCAGAGUUCUGAUUCAUGGAGGAGCGCGCAGCAGAACGGACACACGAUUACGUUCCUCGGUGCCUUAUCUCCGUGGGUUCUCGAACCUUGGCCGCGCUGGGCUGAUCAAGCAUUUCUGUCCCGGUUUCCAAAAGUGCAAGGAUGGCCAAGUUUGGUUCCUUCUUCUACUGGUGGCUGGCAACAUGGUCCCUUCACUGACGCCCUCGCAAGCUAUGAAGCGGGAUAUAAAGGCCAGCAAGGCACCACUUCGGUUGGGCACGACGCCGCUGAAAGGAUGGGACGCUUACCGUUGCUGUUUUUCCAGAUUACGUUCCUCGAUGCCUUAUCUCUGUGGGUUCUCGAACCUUGGCCGCGCUGGGCUGGUCAAGCAUUUCUGUCCCGGUUUCCAAAAGUGCAAGGAUGGCCAAGUUUGGUUCCUUCUUCUACUGGUGGCUGGCAACAUGGUCCCUUCACUGACGCCCUCGCAAGCUAUGAAGCGGGAUAUAAAGGCCAGCAAGGCACCACUUCGGUUGGGCACGACGCCGCUGAAAGGAUGGGACGCUUACCGUUGCUGUUUUUCCAGGAUAACGUGGUCACCCGAGGAGCCACCCGCCUAGGGAUUCGGAGCCCCACUGACGACUUGAUGCUGGACGAGCCCAUCGUGCGACUGGGCAGACGUGGUGUUGCGGCCAGGAUGCGCGCCGACACCGACCCGCUCGGGCUACGCUCGGGCACCGAUCGUGGGCCGGCACGGACGCGUCGUCGAGCGAGCCCUGCUUCGGAAGACCAGGGCCCAACGCUCGAGGAGCUGCUCCAGAAGAAAGCCGAAUCCCGCCGCCAGGAGCGCUUGUCAGAGCAGCGCCAGCUGGAGCUAGCGGACACUCUUUAUCCUUUCGGCAGAAGACCAGAGUCUAGGAUGGCCAUGAUGUCCGGGAGCAGGAGACCCUCGGCUUCUUCGUCCAUUGAAGAGAUCGAGUGCUACAGUCCGUGGGGCAAAGGAGUCGGCAACCCGUCACCCAACCAGAACUUCAAGCGGCGGUCACGUGAGAAGACCAUCGCCGAGGAGACCGACACAACGGAUCAAACAUUCUUUACCGGUGGACGCUCGCCCGCGAGAAUUCCAAGGAGAGCCAGAAGCCGAGGCGUGAGCGACGUCACCCUUCAAGAAGACGGCGACACCGAGGACACCUUUCCGUGGGCGAGAUCCACGGUGCCACCACGCGAGAGGCAGGGCGCCCUGGCUGGCCUGUCCUUCAGCGAGAAGAUGGGUUGGUCUACGUCCGACCACAAUCCAAAGAAAACCAAGGAGGAGAAUCGGGAGUACUUGGAGUCCCUGAAGGACGAGAUGGACCACCGGAGGAACAGGCUUCGGGACGAGAUCCUCCAGGAAGCGAGCUCUAAUCCCAGCGGCCUGGCCACCGCCAUGCACCAUUCCCUGGUUGGCAAGCCUCCGAUAAGCACAGCACUUCGGCGGCGAACAAGGCACCUGCUGUGACCUGACCUUGAGACAGCCAUUGCUUUAGCAACGUUUCAUCGUGUUACAUGCUGAGACCACCGCAGCGCUGUCUUGUUUAAGCACGCAACGUUCGAGAUUUGCUGCCAGUUAGGGUUGCCCCAUUUGCCAAGGCCAAAAAAAAAAACGGCACUGAUAAAAGGAGCGUAAUUUCUUUUUACGUACUACAAUAAAACACAAACAAAACGAAGACAUAAUAAAGUGGUGAUAGCAUAUUACAAUCGUUGCAUGAUUGAAACUUAUGGAAAGGAUGCGUAUAAAGCUUUGUACAUCGUCA